AUGGUAUCUACUCUCGAAAGAUCUGACAAGGAAGUCGAUAACCUUGGGAAUAUGGAUACCGAACUUCAGAUGAAGGUGUUUGGUCAGAAAGAGAUGAAGCUUAUGAUUGGAUUACUUGCAAAAGCAGAGACGGUGCAGAAAGUGAGUGACAUUGUAAAAGAACAAUUGGCUUUGUCCGCUGACACUCCGCUCACUGCUGAAUCUAAGUUCUCUGCUCUUGGUGCUGAUUCUCUCGACACUGUGGAGAUAGUGAUGGCAUUGGAGGAAAAGUUUAACAUAAGUGUGGAGGAAUCUGAUGCUCAGAACAUUACGACGAUCCAAGAGGCAGCUGAUUUGAUUGAAGACCUUGUUCAGAAGAAACCCACUGCCUAA